UCUCUCUCUCUCUCUCUAUAAAACCCCUCUUCUCCAUUUCCAAUCCAAACAGAAACCACCGCAUUCUUGAAUUUUUCUGCAAUCUCGCCUCCUCCACUUCGCAUUUCCAAUCCCAAAAUCAAAAACCUAAAUCCCUACUUUUUUCUGGGAGUUUUUGGAGUCCGUUUGGGCGAGUUAUGGAUGAGGAUUUCGAUAUUCCUGCAGCGGAGGAGAUGAACGAGGAUUUGGAUCUUCCAGACGAGAGUCCGAUCCUGAAAGUUGGAGAAGAGAAGGAGAUUGGAAAUCAGGGAUUGAAGAAGAAGCUUGUGAAGGAGGGACAAGGAUGGGAGACGCCCGAGAACGGAGACGAAGUUGAAGUUCAUUAUACUGGGACUUUGCUUGAUGGGACCCAGUUCGAUUCGAGCAGGGACCGUGGGACGCCGUUCAAAUUCAAGCUUGGUGAAGGUCAAGUGAUCAAGGGAUGGGAUCAAGGAAUCAAGACAAUGAAGAAGGGUGAAAAUGCCAUCUUCACCAUCCCUCCUGAACUCGCAUAUGGCGAGACUGGCUCUCCUCCGAAAAUCCCUCCCAGUGCUACACUUCAAUUUGAUGUUGAGCUGCUUUCGUGGUCUAGUGUCCGGGACAUAUGCAAAGAUGGAGGCAUCUUCAAGAAGAUCCUCACUGAAGGAGAGAAAUGGGAUAACCCAAAAGACCCUGACGAAGUGUUUGUGAAAUAUGAAGCUCGGCUAGAAGAUGGAACUGUGAUUUCCAAGUCCGAAGGAGUGGAGUUCACUGUUAAUGAUGGGUUCUUCUGUCCUGCACUGUCGAAAGCUGUGAAAACAAUGAAGAAGGGAGAAAAGGUGCUCCUGACUGUGAAGCCACAGUAUGCAUUUGGGGAAAAGGGUAGACCAGCCUCUGUUGAUGAAGGUGCUGUUCCGCCAAAUGCCACCCUUCUUGUGGAACUUGAGUUAGUAUCUUGGAAGACGGUGACAGAGGUAACCUCUGAUAAGAAGGUUCUAAAGAAGAUCCUUAAAGAAGGAGAAGGCUAUGAAAAGCCGAACGAGGGUGCUGUUGUCAAAGUGAAAUUGAUUGGGAAGUUGGAAGAUGGUACUGUGUUUCUGAAGAAGGGUCAUGACGAGGAGGAACCCUUUGAGUUCAAAACCGAUGAUGAGCAAGUCAUUGAUGGCCUUGACAGGGCAGUGAUGGCCAUGAAGAAGGGAGAGUUUGCAUUGGUGACAAUUGCACCAGAAUAUGCUUUCUCUAGUUCUGAAGUAAAACAGGAAUUGGCAGUUGUUCCUCCCAAUUCCACUGUAUACUAUGAGGUGGAGCUUGUCUCAUUUGUCAAGGAUAAAGAGUCGUGGGAUAUGAACAAUGAAGAGAAAAUAGAGGCUGCUGGGAAGAAGAAGGAAGAAGGAAAUGCAAUGUUCAAAGCGGGAAAAUAUGCUAGGGCCUCAAAGAGAUAUGAAAAGGCUGCAAAGUUCGUUGAAUAUGACAGCACUUUUAGUGAAGAAGAGAAGAAGAAGUCCAAGGUGCUGAAGGUCACUUGCAACCUCAAUAAUGCAGCCUGCAAGCUGAAGCUCAAAGACUACAAAGAGGCAGAGAAACUAUGCACUAAGGUAUUGGAGGUUGAGAGCUCGAAUGUGAAAGCCCUCUAUCGGAGGGCACAAGCGUACAUCCAGCUUGCUGAUCUAGAUUUGGCUGAGCUUGAUAUCAAGAAGGCUCUUGAAAUUGAUCCUGACAAUAGGGAUGUGAAGCUGGAGUACAAAACCUUGAAGGAGAAGGUGAAAGAGUAUAACAAGAAGGAUGCGAAGUUCUACGGGAACAUGUUUGCUAAGAUGAACAAAUUACAGCAAAUGGAAUCUAUCGUAAGUGCAUGAGAUAAAUCUGGAAGCAAUGUGGCAGCCAAACAGGAGACGGAGCCAAUGAGCGUUGACAGUGCUGCAUAAGCGUACUAGGAGAGGUGGCUUAAUUGGGUCCUUUCCCUUUCCCUUAUGGCUUGUUAUUUUCUUUUCAGCUGAAUAUGCUUCUCUAGUCCAAAGAAGGAAUGUGAUGCAAUCAAGGUUCAUGUGAAUCGAGUCAGCUUCUUUAGUAGUGGUAGGAGGUAGGGACUAUUAACACUUAUAGAAAAUGGUUUAUCAUAGAACGUGGGGUCUGAAUGUGGAAAAUGAUCUCUGGGUAUUUUGCAUUUCCAUUGGUUGUCUGUGAGAAUUUAACAGGCUCUGAAAACGUUGAAUACUUUGCAAAUGAAAACAUUUCCCACUUUCCUAGUCA